AUUGUAGGCCUACAACUGCCUUCGUGCAUAGGCUAGAAUAUCCAUUGAUCGAUGAAAGAUGGUAGGCUAAGCCUCAUAACAAAUAGCCCCUAUCAAUAAUAAUGUAAGUCUCCCGUGAAUAUACAGGUAAGAAGUAACACUUUGGCAAACCAAAUAACAACAUGUCGCAAACUUACAGUAACAAAAACACGCUACACUUCAGGCUAUCAAAACUGAACUACCGCUGAGAACACACAGGCCCAGGUGUUGAUCAAAUGGCAUGACGUCACGAAAUCUUUGGCUACACUUCCUGGUCGGUGUUCUCUGCUGUGGAUAAUCGUGGAACUGAAACGGUCCAGCAGAAGCUGCAAGAACAGGGAACCUCGAGGCACGUGCUUGGACCGAGAACAUGUUCAUGUUAAGAUACUCAUUACAUACCUACACAUAGUUGCAUCGGUACGCGAGGUUUGCUACUGUCGCUAUUUUGACAGUAAUCAAGCCAGCGAGAGCUGUCGCGAUGGUGUAACCAUGGACAGCAGAAUAAACGAAAAACCAGACAGAACAUUCGAUCUAGUGUUGCAGGUGGCAUGCCCUGCGUCUGAAAAUGAAGAUCCAGCCGUGCUGUGGAAGUUCCCCCAGGACUUCGGAGACCAGGAGUUACAGGAGGUCCUCCAGACUGUGCCAAAGUUCUGCUUCCCUUUUGAUGUGGAGAGAGUGUCCCCAAAUCAGGUGGGCCAGAACUUCACAUUUGUGCUUACGGACAUCGAGAGCAAGCAGAGGUUCGGCUUCUGUCGGCUGACGUCCGGAUGUCGCAUCUGCAUCUGUUUGCUUAGUUAUCUCCCUUGGUUUGAGAUUUACUACAAGCUGCUGAAUACACUGGCCGACUACUUAACAAAACAACAGGAAGAUGACUUGAAUGACAUGUUAGAAUCACUGCACAGACUACCCGUGCCAAAGCCCAACACUCCUGUCAAUCUGAGUGUGAAUGAGUGGUUGCAUAUUUCCACGGGGCAAAUAGCGAACGCUUCGGGAAGCCAAGAACCGCACUCGUACUUCAUUGCUCCUGAUAUUAAUGGACUUCCCACCAUACCCGAGAGUAGGAACCUGACGGAGUACUUUGUGGCAGUGGACGUGAACAACAUGCUCCAGCUGUACGCCAGCAUGCUGCACGAGCGGCGCAUCAUCAUUACCUCAAGCAAGCUUAGCACUUUAACUGCAUGUGUUCACGGUGCUGCCUCAAUGCUGUUCCCAAUGUACUGGCAACACAUAUACAUCCCCGUGCUCCCGCCUCAUCUGCUGGACUACUGCUGUGCGCCCAUGCCAUAUUUGAUUGGUGUUCAUCUGAGUCUCCUAGAGAGAGUGAAGAGCCGGUCACUGGAAGAUGUGGUGAUCCUAAACGUGGACACAAACACACUGGAGAGUCCUUCAGAUGAUCUGCGAAACCUACCCAGUGAUGUGGUCUCCAGUCUGAAGGGGAAGCUGAAGAAGCAGUCGACGGCGACGGGGAGUGGGGUGGCCCGGGCCUUUCUGCGCUCUCAGGCGGCCCUGUUUGGCUCCUACCGGGACGCCCUGAGAUACAAACCCGGUGAGCCAAUCACAUUCUGCGAGGAGAGUUUUGUGAACCACCGUUCCAGCACCAUGCGAACAUUCCUGGAGACUGCUGUCAAUGCUCAGCUCUUCAAACAGUUCAUCGACGGCAGACUGGCCAAAUUAAAUGCAGGCCGGGGCUUCUCCGACCUGUUUGAGGAGGAGAUCACAGAGGGCGGCUUCUGCGGAAGUAACACCAGGUCGUACCAGCAGUGGAUGGUGGGUUUUUCUAAGAAGGGAGGAAAUUUACUCAAUUCAGCAAUGUUCAAGACCAAGAGUCACGUCAAGCAAGGCUUUAAGGAGAUGCGGAGCCGACUGAAGCAAAGGCCAGGUGAAGAUGACGAUGGGUCAUGUGGUGGCGGCUCCCCUACCAGCACUAAGAGUCUCUCGCCGCGGAGGCUGCAGAAAAGAAGGAAGAAUUACGACAGCAAGCUCGCCAUCGGCUGUCCAGAGUACACCCUGGAUGAGGACGAGCAGGACAGUGCCAGCAAGAUCUCGUCGGAAGACAGCGGGGAGAUGCCCUCACACACGGAGGACAGUGACGACUCGUACGAGCUGGAGGCGGACGUGGCGCCGUCCUCGGGCAAGAUGACCCUCCUGGAGGAGAUUCUGGACUCGCUGAGCAGCACCAGCAUUCAGGAGGGCCGCCUUGCUGCCGCCAAGAGCCUGGACUUCCUGCGCUCAAUGGAGGACCUGGACUUCAAGUCCACGGUGAGCAACACGUGCUUUACUGACGCCAGGCCAAAGGAGCCCGAACAUGAGCUGAGGAAGAGGCCCAGCCCAUCCAGUGAGAGCCAGCAGGCCUGUGGCGACAGCAGCAGCAGCAGCAGCAGUGGCGUUGGGGUGGGUGGAGGAGGAGGCGGCGGCGGAGGUGGUGGGGGCUCGUCUGGUCGCUCUGCGGAGUCCAGCGGGGGCUGGCUCCUGGGCCAGGACGACAGCGCCGUGCACGGCAAACACCUGCCCCCGUCGCCGCGCCGCCAACCCAGCUACAGAUCAUCCACGGCCACGACCACAGCCGUGCCCUCGCUGCGGCCUCGGGCCCACACCGACGCCCCCGCCACACACGCCCCCUCCGCACACACUCUGUCAGUACAUGCCAGCAGCGCUGCCCAAGCGCCCAACCCCCGUACGGCACCAGCUCCUCCCAGCCCCGCUCCCCGAACACCACCGUCGCCACUUACACCAGAUGCCCUCAAGCCCCCAGCGCUCCUCCAGUCCACUCCAGAGAGGGACCCUCUGCUCUCUCCGUCCCCCAGGGGAGGUCACCUGUCCAGGGCUGCGUCUCCUAGCCGGGCUCCAGAGCCCCAGAGCCAACACACGCCGCGCGGGGUGUUUCGCAGGAGAGUCCUCUCCAAAGAGAGGCUGAAGCAGCGGGAUGGAGUCCGGCAGAGCGCCGCCCUCAUCCCCUGGCAGAGGGACGCUACUGACCGGGACGGGGAGGGCGAUGAUGACCCGGAGGUAAUGCUAGGAGGGAAGGUGCAGGAGAAAGGCUUACUAGAGGAGAUUGACUCCUUGUGCAGCCUCAGCUCCCUCAACACCAGCCUACAGCUCACGCAGGUGCACAACAACACAGACAAGAGCUGAGCAGACUAACGGAUGUACACACACACACACACACACACCUGUUAUACAGUAUAUACACCAGAUAUACACCAGCUAACAUCUCUUACAGGUACACACAACGCAAGUGCUUAGCUGAGAGCUGAAUGUUAUUUCUCUCUCUCACACAAACAUACAUACACACACACACACUGUCUAAUGCAGGCUCUUAUGCAGGUAUAUAAAACUCAUAUUCACCUUCAAACCAGCAUAAAACCCGUUAAGCACAGACACCAACACACACACACACACAAGUUACAAGUUGUGCUCCACUCACAUACAUGUGUACACUCGCUCUCUUACACACAAUCACACUCACACACACACGGUACACAAACAUACAGACAUUUUAAGGUCUUUUCUGUCCAACUGCCAGUUUCAUGUAAGUCCUGCUGUACAUGUCUGUUGAACUUCAGAAUGUCUAUAUCUGAAACAUGCACUCUUCUUCGUCCUUCAACUAUUAUCUGCAUCAAUGCAAACACUGUUGAGCUGAAGGAAAUCAGAACGAAUUGCAACCGUGUAGUUACGCUAGACAUAGUAUUUUAAAGUGACUGUACUCAUUUAAAAAGGGACUCCCAUUCUCUCUCUUACCCCAAUAAUAUUUCCCUCAUAUAGAGGAGUUAUGUAGUAACCCCAUUGCAAUGACUUGCACUUGUUCAGAAGGGUACUUCACACAUCACUGUUGCAUUUUGAGAGUGAAAUCACUGUUUCCUCCUAAUUGGUAUAUUUGAAACGACUAUAGACAAGUUCCAAAUUAUUGAAGAGAAUCCUCCACCGUAAGGUCACACCAUGUACUGCGAUGCCUUAAAGAGGAUGUUUUAAUUAGCUUUUUGCAACGCUGUAAUGUUAACAUGCGGCAGUCGGAAUACGGUACUGUGGAAAUGUGUAGGUUUAAGCAGAGUCUUUAUUAUUAUUAUUGUAGAGUUAUAUAUUUAUGUACUAGAGGCAUGAUGGGAUUCUCAGGUCAUCAGUUAGAAAGAAAGCGGCCCUAGUAACAGGCAUCAGAGAGGGAAGUAUGAACAAGUGUCAUUUUCUAGAGAACAAACAGUAUUUCAUUCGUCUCCUUUGCCAUGCCCUCGUAGACAAGUAGGUCGUCUCAUUUCAAAACGGGCCAAAAAAAGUAGCCAAAUAUAGCCUGUUACCUAUCCAAGCACUUUUUUUUUUUUUUUUUUUUUUAAGAAAAACAAUCCUCUCUGUCCUUUUCCCUACCUGAACACUGCAUCUCUAAUAGAAUGAAAACAUGUCAAGUUAAAGUAUUGAAUAUAAAGUAGUGUUGAGGAAAAGUACAUAUAAAGUAGUGUUGAGAAGUCAUUCUGGAGAAAUUAGUGUAAGAGUGCAUUUCUUCCUCUUCCACCCCGACUGAUGGAGGCGUGUCUAGUAUGUCUGCUGUAGCCGUCUUGGUGCAUUGUAAAGAAGCAAUACUCUUUUUUUGUGUGUGUGUAGUCAUGUAGGGGCAAGCUUUUUCAGGGAUUUUCACAUUCAGCUACCUAUAUAGCCACAUCCCCAGUGCCCACCCCAGAAGGAACGGGCUGUUUCAGCUCAACACCAGGUCUGGCUGAAGGCAAACUCCAGUGCAGUUUUGCCCAGGGUCAGUGCUGGGUUCAUCCCUCUGGAUGGAAUGUGUAGGCUCAUUUUCCCCCCCUUUUGGUUUCUCCUUUUGCCCUUUUAACCAAUUUAUGUGGUAUGCCAUUCCUCGAGACACUUUAAUGAUGUUUUCCAUCCCCUCCUGGGUACUGCCCUGUGGUGUUUGACCCGCUCAUAAAGCUGUCAGCCUUUUUAUUUUGUUAUUUUCGCAGUUAAAAGACCUAUUGUGGUCAGUCGGUUAGCUUAAGGAAAAGUUAGCGAUGCCCCCGCAAUGCCAGUUGCCCCCCCCUAAUCGUGUUGCCAGUAGGGUGAGCAGACUCACUCAAGAUGAGUCUGGGGAAUCUGUGAUUCGAGCUCAACCAAAACUUUUACAUGAACUAUGCAAGGGUCAUUAUUUCUCUGCGAUCCCAAUCAAAAUGAUUUUUUCCCCCUUACUGACCCUUUAAUGACAAUAUUAUAAGUAUUUAAUGUAGAACUGUUGUAAGGGAAUGAGCCUUUAAUGGCUCACAUAAGACAAUUAUUGCUUUGUACACUGAUAUAUAUUAUGCAAAUCAUUCUUACCGGUGUAAAAACAACAGUUAAAGCUAUGUU